CGAUUAUCGAUAGUUAGUAUUUAAGUAGAAUUUUGUUAUUGUGCACUCGUGAAGAGAUUGGGCACACUAGGAUAGAAAAUAAUGGCGCGUGUGGUGAAUUUGUGAUUGUUGUCAUAGAGUGUGGGAGGUUAAACUGCGAAUAAAACAUACGUUGUACGCAUACACAUUGGCUUGUGUUUUGGAAGCGGGUUGCCCCAUCGCCGCCGUACAUUUGUUUAAGGCAUCUCCCACACGAGAGACGACAGAAGCUUUUAUUCGCAGUCAGGUGACUGGCGACAUUGUUUUGGAACAACACCCUGGUGAGAGGAUCGAUAUUGCCUGGACGACAUGAUGCACCAUUCGCCCAGAAGGAGUCCCCGACUAAACGAGGGACAGAAUAGCGCAACGCAAGUAGAUGGCAGCGCUUCGGCCCCGCAACCUAGUGCAGGGGCGUCGCAAGCCGGCGGCCGAGGCAGUGAAGCCCCGGCGUCAUCAGCGCAGCUGGCAGCAUCUGGAGCCACCAGGAAACCGAAGGUAGCCGACCUCAUGGAUAGGAUCGCCGAGUUGGAGAAGGAGUUGGAACGCGCUCGCAGCGCUAAUAUGGAACGCACUGACCCCGUUAUGUCGAGUGAGGUUGGGGUAGGUCAGCCGCCAUUUGCAAUCGGCCUGACCGUACCCAACGCGACAAGUGUUUAUCAUGCGGCGUCAGAGAGACCGCCAUCCUGGAGCGGAUCUCAAACGGUACAGUGUUCGCAGAACUGUACCACGAGGAUUAAUCACGCAUCGCCAUUUUGCGCUACCGGCACUACUGUUCCAGCGCAUGGUUUCGGGCUGCAGAAUGAAGUGGCCGGCGGAACAUCGGUACGUGCGCCUUCUCCUGGAGACGGUGCUUGGGCGACAAGCAUUGGAGGAACUGCACGCUGGGCGCCACGAAAGCUUCCUGAGCUGCCUACGUUUGGAGGGAAGCCAGAGGACUGGCCCAUUUUCUACUGCGCGUUUACGGAGACGACGCAAGCGUAUGGUUGUUCGGACUUGGAGAACAACCAAAGGCUACUGAAGGCGUUAAAGGACGACGCGCGUGAGACGGUGAAGUCGUUGUUGAUUCACCCCAGCAAUGCGAACGCAGCGGUGGAGCAGCUGCGAUUCAGAUACGGCCGACCGGAGCAACUAAUACGCAGCCAGCUCAACAGUAUUCGAGAUGUGCCUGCAAUUACGGAGCACAACCUGGGAAAGAUCGUCGCAUUCGCCACCCAUGUCAGAAACCUCAAGGCUUUCCUACAGUCAGCGAAGGCGGAGCAGCACCUGGGUAACCCUAUGCUGAUGGUAGAACUUGUGGCCAAGCUCCCAAUAAGCAAACGAGUGGACUGGGCAAGGCACGCUGCAACUAUUCAGCCCUAUCCGACGAUUGUGGACUUCAGUUCGUGGUUGAUGGAACUAGCCAACGUGGUCUGCGUGGUGGCGGACAUUGAUGGAAAGGAGCCAAGGCGUCGAUUGCUUCAUGCCAGCGUCGACCGAGAGCAGGACGAGCAACAGGAGAGCUGCCGCAAUUGUCCAAUUUGUGAAGGCCUUGGACAACAUGCAGUUCGGGACUGCCAACGAUUUAUUGCAGCCACACCUACAGAGAGGUGGAGACUCGCAAGAAGACAUCGUCUAUGCUUCAUGUGCUUGCAAAGCGGGCAUAUGACUGGAUCCUGCGCUGCGUCAGGAGAGUGCCCCGUGAAUGGAUGCAGGAGGAAGCAUCACCGUCUUCUUCAUGAGGCAAACAAUGAAGGCUUCAGGAGACCGCCACAGCGAGGCGGCAAUUGGAGAGGCUACAACCGGCAGGCAGCCGGACCGAGGGAAGGCGUCCAAGUGAAUGAAGGAGCAGCCUCAUCCGUGGAUGCCUCUGCGACACCGGAGAGAAAUUUGAGCUGUGUCGACGAGGACCGAGAACGACUUCUGUUCCGCGUAUUGCCGGUGACGCUAUACGGAGGUGGGAAGCAGGUGGACACGUACGCUCUUCUGGAUGAAGGUUCUUCGGUGACGAUGGUCGACAACGAGCUGGUUGCAGAGCUAGGCGUACAAGGAGUACGUCGUCAGCUGAACGUUCAGUGGUUCGGAGGCAGGGCCACAAGAGAGCCUACUAACGUGGUAAGUCUGGAGAUCAGUGGAGCAGGCGAGUCCUCCCGACAUGUGCUGAGAAACGUCUAUGCCAUUUCGAACUUGAGUCUGCCGAUGCAGAGCCUGCACAGAAGGGAUGUUAGGAGCGUGAACAAGGACGCUCAAUUACCAAUGAAGCCCUACGUAAAUGCAGUGCCGAAGCUGCUUAUUGGUUUGGACCAUGGGCAUCUAGGACUGCCGUUGAAAACGAGACGGUUUGCCAGCGAGGGACCGUACGCGGCCGCAACCGAAUUAGGAUGGGUUGUUUUUGGGCCUGUAGAAGGACGACGAGACACGCCAUCUCCGAGGUCUUGUCUGCUAGCCACGUCGUUGGAUGAUAACGUGGAACGGAUCGUCGAGGACUACUUCGAGAUCGAGAACUUCGGUGUGAAGGCGGCGCCAGUGGCCGCAGCCAGCGACGACGUGAGGGCUCAGAAGAUCUUGGAGGAUACUACGGUGCGAGUUGGCCGCCGAUACCAGACGGGAUUAUUGUGGAAAACGGAUAACGUUGUGCUGCCACGUAGUUAUGAUAUGGCGUACAAUAGAUUGGUCAACAUCGAGAAGAAAAUAAAGCGAGAUGGGCAGUUCGCCCAAGAAUAUUCACGGAUUGUUAAUGAUUACGUCGACAAGGGAUACGCUCGGCGUCUGGAACGACAGGAGAUCGAUUCGGGAAGCGAUAGAACAUGGUACUUGCCGCAUUUUGGAGUGGAGAAUCCCAACAAGCCAGGGAAGAUCCGAUUAGUAUUCGACGCAGCGGCACGAGUUGGAGGAGUAUCACUGAAUUCUGCGCUGAGCAAGGGGCCGCAACACUAUAAGGCCUUGGCAUCUAUCCUCUUCCAUUUCAGGGAAGGUGCCGUCGGAGUCUGCAGCGACAUUAAGGAGAUGUUUCACCAGGUGCUGAUCCGACCCGAGGAUAGAUGCGCGCAACGAUUUCUGUGGAGAGAUGGGAAUGACCAACGGGACCCCGACGUCUACGAGAUGUGCGUGAUGACCUUUGGAGCAGCAUGCUCACCGAGUGCGGCGCAUCAUGUGAAGACAGUGAAUGCCAAGCGAUUCCUGGAUUCGGAUCCCAGAGCAGUCAAGGCCAUCGUGGACUACCACUACGUGGAUGACUAUGUGGACAGCUUCGCCACAGAGAGCGAAGCGAUCGAAGUAUCUAGCAGAGUGAAGAAGAUACAUGGAGAAGGCGGUUUUGAGCUUUGCAAGUUUUCGUCCAGUUCGCCUACAGUGGAGAGGAUGCUUGGACCCAGUGAUCACGCCCAGAGUAUUGGAUGGGGUGAGGCCGAGCAAAAGAUUUUGGGAAUGCGGUGGCAACCAGCCACGGACGACUUCAGGUUUCGAGUGAAGUACCACAAAGUCGCCCCCGUCGUGUCCGAUGGGAAGAGAAUUGCCACAAAAAGGGAAUUCUUGAGUAUGGUCAUGUCAACGUUCGACCCCUUGGGAUUCCUGUGUUGUCUAAUGAUAACAGGGAAGUUGUUGUUGCGAGAGGUAUGGAGAAGGAAGAUCUCAUGGGAUGAACCACUACCGGCUGAGAUGUACAACGCCUUUAUGGAGCUUGAGGCAGCAGUUCUAGGAACGAGGUUGAUGGACACAGUCAGACAGGACCAUAGUGUGGCCAUUGCAGAGACUGUGCUAUGGACGGAUUCGAAGACAGUGCUGCGUUGGAUUGGCAGCACACACAGGCGCUACAAGCAGUUCGUAGGGAACAGAGUAGCCGAUAUUCUGGAGUCGACAAAGGUGGCCCAAUGGAGAUGGCUUCCAUCCGCCGACAACGUGGCAGAUGAUGCAACUCGAGCGCAACGCAGCGUGGACCUAAGCGAGGAGUCACGCUGGUUAAGAGGACCGGCAUUCCUGAGGAGACCAGCGGGCAGCUGGCCAGGAACUGCACCCACCGACGAAGCGGAUGCAGAAGACGAAGAGGAGAUGCCGGGUGAGUUCGUGCUUGUUGGCGCGAGUGACCCGUUUAUAUCGCUGGAGAGAUUCUCAAGCUACAGGCGAUUGCUGAGGACUACGGCCUGGGUCCUAAGAUUCUUACGUCGAUGCCGUGGACAACGAGAUGAGCUGGAGAACUACGGCCUCAAUGUACCUGAGUGUGAAGCAGCUGAGGAGCUGAGGACACACGUAGUGUGA